AUGACUGCCACAACUAUGCACUUCGGUCCUGAGUGGAUGCGCACCAAACAGGGCUCCUCGCGGCCUGCGCCCUCCCCACCGCUCACAUCGUCCCCGGCGCCGCCCGGGAACUCGACGUAUUCUGCGCUCGUCACCCCUGCGAGCAACCCGCCCCCGGAGGGCCGCGAUGUCGCGCACCCUUUCCGCUAUUCUAAGGAAGAGAUGCUCAGGAUCUACAAAGAGGGAGGGGGCCGCGGCGGGCUCGGGCUCGAGGUCGAGCGCUGGGAGGGGAUCGUGCGGGAAGUAGGGUACGAGCCGGUCGGGCUCAAGGAGAUGAGCGAAGCUGAGAAGAAGCUAUUCGCGGGCCCUCUCAACUCGGAAGUGCGCCGACGCCAGUCGACGGAUUUCUUAUCGCCCCUCAACACGUCUGGGCUGGGGGAGCGGCCGAAGCUGAACCACGUUGCUUCCGGUGCUGGCAGCCCUAUGCGGGAGCGCAUCGGAAGCUUGAUGGGGAGAAGAAGGGGGGACAGCACAGAUCAAGCACCGUUGAGCCUUCCCCGGAAACUCUCUCUGUCUAACAUGCAGGGCGCACUCGCGUCUCCUCGGGAGGGCGGCUUGCCUUCGCCUCGUGUCAGACCUGCGUUCGAUGGUGUCCUAAGCGAUACGUGGUCGGCUCGCAGGAGGACGUCCGAAAAUGUGCCGAAGGUUGGAGGGAAGGGCGACAAGGAGACAGAUGGAGACUCGAAGGAUCCGGACAUCAAGGAGGAAGAAGAGGACGCUCUUGGAGCUUCUGAUCAAGCGAAAGAUCCCUCUGGAGCUACAUCUCAUGCGGUCAACGGUAAUGGUACUCCGAACGGGGUAGAAAUGGUGAAUGAGCAGUUAGGGAGCAUAUCGAUUUCCGGGCAGCAGGACGCUCAACCGCAGGCCAAUCAGCCGAACCCUGCUAUCGGAGAUCUUUCUGCUAUCGAGUGGUCUUACCUUGAUCCCCAAGGAAAUAUACAAGGACCGUUCAAAGCCGAUAUCAUGCAACGUUGGUAUAACGAGGGAUACUUCCAGCCUACUCUGCUCAUGAAACGCACCCAUCUGGACACCAACUGGACUCCUGUCGGAGAGUUGAUCCUUCGUGUUGGCGAGGGCCAACCUGUGUUUUUGUCGCCUCUCGCACUCGCUGUCACACCGCCUGGCUUGUCUCGUCCUUUGGAAAACGUUGUCGAUCGCGCGAUUCCCGAACGGGACCAGAACUCGCCCUACCAGCCUGUACCCACACGGUCUAUCAGGAGCUCGACUCUAGACUCUUAUUUGCAAAAUGGCUCCAACGCGUCAGACUCGCCGUCUUCUUCCAUCGGCGGUCGCUUCGUGAAUGGCUCUCCUGAUCCAAGCAUAUUUGAGAACCGCCAUGGCGCUCAGAUCGGCUUCGAUCAGCUCGAACAAUCUCGCAUGCCUUUCGCUACUCCUGGAGCUGCUGCUAUUGGUACUCCUGGGCAGCGCCGAGCUACGCUGAACGAGCCUAUGGAACCUGUGCUAGGGACUCGGUAUGGCAUCGGUCGUACUCCUGGAGCCGAUGGUCUCAGUUUUAGUGGUACUUCUCUUUCUCCAAUGAAUCGUCAUAUAGGACCGGAUAGCCCCGGCGUCUUCACCGAGAGUACUUUCCGGCAGAGAAUUGUCCAGGAGUCCGGUGCCCUGAACGGCCUGGGCGGCUCGUCUGCCUUGAACGGCGGUACCGAGUUCGGACCAAUUGGUGGGAUUCAUGCGAACCAUGGUACUCCGUCCCGGGUACUGAACCGGGAUCCGUUCGGUCGGCCACCUCAGGAUGAGCUCCAACAGAGCGUAGGGAUAGGCGGCUCCUUCUCGAAUCACUCCUCUCCUUUCAUCUCUCAUGCCCCGGCGGCGUUCCCUCAGACCCCUCUCUCGCAAUUUGCGGGCCAGGACAACCGAUCCUUGCAUUCUAUAACACCUGACCGCCAGUCGAUACCAUACAUGCCGCAGCACCAGCAGCAGUUUGCUCAGAGCCCAGGGUUCGUGAACGGUCAGUCGCCAUGGCAAACUCACGACGUUCCUGCCUUCACUCGCCGUCCGGGGCCUUUCGAUGCCAAUCAUCCAACCUCGAGCAACACCUUCAUAUCCUCACCAGUCGCGCCCUCCCACGCAUUUGGACGCGCCCCGCAAAUGCCCGUGCAGAAUGAUCAGUCUGCCUGGCGGGCGCCUGCUCAACCUGUUCAAAACGACUCAUGGGGAGCGCCGACUGCAAGCCUUACUAUCGCGAACCUGGGUCAACACAAUGAGCAGCAGCGUCAAGCAGAUCUUCAACGUCAGUCCCCUCGGCCUGCGGCAGGUGAGCCAGCUCUCGCACCCGAGCGCGAAUCGGCGCCGGCAGCAGAACCUCAGGCCCAACCUCAACCUGAUGCGUCGACACCAGUCGCCGCACCUUCCGCUCCCUGGCCUACCGAUGUUGCACCCCAGAAGCCUCGGCGCAAGUCCACUGCUCAGACUGCACCGACUGCGUCUCCUGCAUCCAAGGUUGCUCCCCCUCCCCCAGCUCCUGCAGCACCUGCGAAACCCCCUUCGCCCCCACCUCAAGCCGAGCCCAAGGCACCGUGGGCGAUCGACGACGACAAGAAGAAACAGGGUGCCGCACUUACUUUGCGCGAAAUUCAGGAAGCCGAGGCGAAGAAGCUCGAGGCUCGCAAGGCUGAGCAGCGCGAACGUGAGCGUGCUGAACGUGCUGCUCGUGUGAGUUCGCAAUCCGAAGACUUCCAGCCAUUCACCACUUCGUGGGGCUUGCCGACCUCGCAGGCGGGCGCCCGUCCGACCAGCGUGAAGGAAAGCCCUGUGGCGUCACCGUUCAGCGGAUCUGCGCCGGCCCCUGCUGCUCCUGUUGUGUGGACGAACGCCGCCAAGGUUCCAGUGGCGAAGAAGACGAUGAAGGAGAUCCAAGAGGAGGAAGAGCGGAAGAGGAAGCAGGCGAGGGAGAAAGAGAAAGAAACGGUGGCGGCCGCUGCUCGUAGGGCUCACGUCGAUACGACGACUAAGCCCGCUGCUGCUACUCCGCCGAGCGGUGGUGCGUGGACGACUGUGGGCGCGAGCGGGAAGGUCGCUGCGGCUACGCCUGCUGGAACUGCCCGUCCCGUGGCUACCCCUGCUGCAUCUGCGAAGGUGGUGCCUACGGUCUCUGUUGUUGUGGCCCCGUCCAGUAGCAUGUCUCGCCCGACGACUGCUACUGCCGCUCGUCCUGUUGCUGUCGCUGUCAAGUCUACGCCGUCUCGGGACGAGAGCGCUUCGACGCUGGGGCCCUCGCUCGAGUUCUUGAAGUGGCUGGGUGACUCAUUGAAGGGCUUGAACAAUUCAGUCAAUCUUGAGGAACUCACGUCUAUGCUACUCUCGUUCCCUCUGGACCCCGACCCGAUCACGGUAGAGAUCAUCUCCGACCUCAUCUACGCCAGCAGCACCACCCUUGAUGGCCGUCGGUUUGCUGCCGAGUUCGUUAGCAAGCGCAAAGCGGAUGCGACUUCGCGACCGAAGGGUGCAUCUGCGUCUAGCGCCGCCAAGCCUAUCUCCAUUGCGGAUGUCGUCAAGACCCAGCCGAAGCCCGCGCAGAAUGAAUGGGGAGGCUUCAAGGUCGUGAACAAGAAGAAGAAGGGUGGUCGCUCGUGA